AUGGCCAGUUGGAUUUCCAAAGUCACGCUCACCGCCACCGUCUUCUUCUUCUACGACCACUACGCGUCGUUCGAAAUAGGGCAGUUUUCUCUGGAGCGGAUGCGGGGCGGCGGGUUCAGCUGGGGAUCGAUGGGGAUCGAAACGCGGGUGGCGCUAGUGCUUGUGGGGUCGAACUUCGUUGUGCUGCUGCUGCUGUUUGCAUGCGCUGCGCCGCUGCUGGACUGCUGCUUCUCCGCGCUCUUCGGGGCUUUGCGGCUUCUUUCCUUUUUCCUCGCGCUGCUCUCCUUCAGAGACUUCGGAGUCUUCGCCGAUCUCUUCCAACUCAAGUCUUCCAACACUCUCCCCGAGAUCGGAAAGUACUGCCUCUUCGUCUUCGCCCUCGAGCCCUUGCUGGGCAUUUUGGUAUCUCUUUACCCCUUUAUUUCUGUUCUUCUCGGAAGACAAACUGUAACUUAUGUAGUUCCUCCAAUUUCUGGAGACGCCAAAAGUUUCAAAACCCAAAGCGGCGCACAGGGGCGCCCCGAAAUCGACUUCGCCCAAAUAGACGAAGUGCCGCGAGGGGAUGAAACAGAAACAGUUUCAACGGCAAGUUUAAUGCUCUUCACUUCUUGCCGCGCUAUGGUGGCGCCGCUUUCGGUGCACGAGCUGCUCAUUGGCCCCAACCUCAUCAAGGCCGUCAGGCUGAAUGAUGGGCUGCUGCGGGCUCACUGGCGGUCAGUGCUGGUGGCCCUGGUGGUGCGCAUUUGGUGCUGCUGCCUCUUCUUCACUUUUCCAGGUUCUGUCGCUCACCCUGCUAGCGUCGGAGGGGGCAUGGAGGAGCUGCGUGGGGUGCCGUGGUACGGGGUAUGUUCGGGGGCGAGUUUGGUGUUUUUGGCGGACAUAAUUUUGACUUUGGUUUAUUUGGCUUUUUCGCAAGUCAUUCGGCUGUUGGCCCUCAAACGCAUGGAAGACAAAGCCAUGUUCAGAGACCUCGCAGACAUCGCCUUCAGACUCAAAG